AGGCAGUGGGCUCCGAGUCAACUGGUAUGACCGCGGGCACUGGGUCAGACAUUGGAUCGUCUGGCUGGACAGCGGGCAUCGGGUCACCAGGCAUCAGGUCAUUUGGCUCGACCGCGGGCACCGCGUCAUCUGGCAAGGCAGUGGGCUCCGAGUCAACUGGUAUGACCGCGGGCACUGGAUCAGACAUUGGAUCGUCUGACUGGACAGCGGGCAUCGGGUCACCAGGCAUCAGGUCAUUUGGCUCGACAGCGGGCACCGCGUCAUCUGGCAAGGCAGGGGUCUCCGAGUCAACAGGCACGACAGUGGGCACCGGGUCAUCAGGUACCGGAUUGUCUGGCUCGACAGCGGGCAUCGGGUCAUCAGGCAUCAGGUCAUUUGGCUUGCCAGCGGGCACCGCGUCAUCUGGCAAGGCAGUGGGCACCGAGUCACCAGGU